AUGUUACCAAAUUGGCCAGUAAUUUUACAUUUUCUGUCAACUUUGCCAGAAUUGAGUUCGUUACGAGUGUCUAUAUUUGACUUACCAAAAACUAUUGAUGACGAAGAUUGUCAAAUAAUUGCAAAGGCAACAUCAUUGUUGAGAGGUUUUGGUUUUUACUUUCGACGAAAAUUCAGUUCAUUAGAUGAUGAUAUAAAAACUACAUUUGAAGAUCAUACAAAAUUUAUUAAACAGUUAUGUGAUCAAAUACUCCAAUUAUGUCUUAAUAAACAACUUUAUUUUUCAAUCGAAGAUGAUGGUUGUGGACUCACAAUAUGGUUCUAA